AUGGCCGUCACCACGAAAGCAACCAUCGCCUCCUUCGGCGGCAAGCUGCUUAAGCUGAGCCACAAUGCCACCACUACCCGCUGUGAAAUGAACUUCAACCUCUAUCUACCUCCUCAAUCUCAAACUGGCAAGGUUCCUGUUCUGAUUUACUUGUCCGGUCUGACUUGCACUGCCGACAAUUGCUCUGAGAAGGGCUUUUUCCAACAUGGUGCUAGCAAGAAGGGCAUUGCUGUUCUCUAUCCCGAUACUAGCCCACGUGGCCUGAAUAUCGAAGGCGAGAAUGACGCUUAUGACUUUGGCUCUGGGGCUGGCUUCUAUGUCGAUGCUACCAAGGCUCCCUAUGACGCUGGUUACAACAUGUACAGCUAUGUUACCGAAGAACUGCCACAUACAGUCUUUGCAGCUUUCCCCCAGCUAGACUCUAGCCGUGUUAGUAUCACCGGUCACAGCAUGGGUGGACACGGUGCGCUCACUUUGUUCCUCCGCAACCCUGGAAAGUACAAGUCUGUCUCGGCCUUUGCGCCCAUUACCAACCCAAUCAAUUGCCCUUGGGGUCAGAAGGCAUUCAACGGCUACUUUGGAGAAGACAAGCAAGACAAGUGGAAGGAACACGAUGCCACCGAACUAAUUAAGAAGUGGUCUGGUAGUCCACUCGACAUUCUAAUUGAUGUGGGCACCGGCGAUAACUUCUACAAGCAGGGUCAACUUCUCCCCGAGAACUUCCAGGCUGCUGCCAAAGAAGCCGGCCUCUCAGGCCUGAAUGUGCGCUACCAGCCCGAUUAUGACCAUUCGUACUUCACAAUGGCCACCUUUGCCGAUGACCAUGUUGAUCAUGCGGCGAAGUACCUCUUUGCAUAG